GCUUUUUAAUGCUCUCUCUUCCAAUUUAACAACUGAUGUGUAGCUGUAGCAGCAUGGAUGACAUGGAGAAUUGGCCAGAAAUCGAAAAAGCAGCGACUGGGAAGAGACGUGAACUAGUCCUACAGGGUCAAGCUGUCGACGAGCGAAUUUCCUCUAACGGGGGACUCUGUCCUGCCAUCUAUUCUCUCACCCUGCUCAAUUAUCUGGAGGUUAGCCAGUGUCCAAGUUUAACUGAGAUCCACGAGGACAUCCAACACCUGACAAACCUUACAAGCCUCAUCCUGUGCAGAAACAAGCUCGCCUCCGUGCCAAAUGUAGUCGGACACCUCAAGUCCCUGAAGGUCCUGGACCUGUCAGCCAACAACCUCAGCGUUUUACCAGAGGGAAUCACUGAGCUAAAGGAGCUAACCACUCUCAACGUGAGUUGUAACAACCUAGAGUUCCUGCCAGAGGGACUCAGCAAGUGCACGAAGCUCUCUUACAUCAACAUCUCCAAGAAUCGCAUCACGGAUUUCCCUUCUGACUUCUACUCUGAACGACUGGAUCUCCUCAGCACACUGGUGGCCUAUGAUAACUCCAUUGAGAAGCUGAGUGGAGAUGUUCUGAAGCUAGCAGCUAUAAAGGUGCUGGAUCUCUCAAACAACAAACUGAGUGAUAUCCCCUUCGCCCUGAGCGACUGCGCCAAGCUGAAGGAGAUCAAUUUCAAAGGCAACAAAUUGAACGACAAACGUCUGGAGAAGAUGGUCAACGGCUGUCAGACCAAGUCCAUCCUCGACUACCUGAGGGCUAAAGGAAGGCAGGGAGACGACGGAGGAGAUGCAGACAAGGGUCGCAACGCAGACAAAGGGAAAAGGCAGCAGAGGAAGAAGAAGGUGGCAGACGAACAGGAUGAGGUGGAGGAACUGAACAAGAUGGUGGUGAGGGUUCUCCAUUUUUCAGAUGCUCCUGCAGCUCUCACAGUCAAAGUGAGCGCAGAGGUGAAAGAUGUUCGACCGUACUUGGUGUGCUGCUUGGUCAGAGGCAUGAACCUGAAGUCCGGGAAUGCUCUCAAACGAUUCCUGGUGGCUCAGACAAAGCUUCAUGAUGACUUGUGUGAUAGAAGGACCAUUGCAACCAUCGCAACUCACGAUGUGCAGCUUCUCAAAGCGCCCCUCACUUAUGAUGUCAAACCACCUACCGAGCUAAAGAUUGCAUCUCUGGGUCGGAAGGAGAUGACGGCCGUCGAGCUGAUUAGACACAUCCAGCUGGAGGCUGAUGAGUUGAGAAAGCAGAAGAAGAGGCAAAAUGUCACCGGACUCCACAAAUACUUGCAGAUUCUAAAAGGAAAGGCACUCUAUCCCUGCCUAGUGGAUGGAGAGGGACAUGUGAUCUCAUUCCCGCCUAUCACUAACAGUGAGAAAACCAAGAUCAGGAAGACAACCAAAGAGUUGUUCUUGGAGGUGACGAGUGCAACCAGCCUGCAGACCUGCAAAGAUGUAAUGGACGCCCUGAUUGCAAAAAUGGCAGAGUUGAACAAGUUCACAGCAGAACACAAGGAGGAGGCGGGGUCAGAUGGGGAAGGAGACGGCCCACAGGAACCUGCAGCUGGCUGUGAGGGCUCCGGGGAACUUAUAGUCCAGCAGGUUCGAACAGUGGACCAAGACGGAAACCUGAAGGUGGUCUACCCAUCAAAGACUGACCUCUCUAAUGAAAUCGGCAACUUGACUGUAAUCUGGUAGUCGCUGGAAAACUUUAAUUUUUACACCAACUCUGACGCAACAUGAAGUAAGACAACAUUAAGACUAAGGUGUAAUAACAUGCAAUAAAAAUCACAUCCCUUAACUUAAGGGAGAGUAGAAAAUCUGAUUCCAUUAAGUUAUUUUGUAAGUGAAAUAACAACAUGCAUCUCUUUGCUUUUGUAUUUACAAAAAGUGUCUGAAUGUUUACAUUUAUGACUAAUGUAAUACUUUUAAUAAAUCUUUUUUUUUCGGCUUCCUGAA